AUGUCGACGGAAGUGGAGACAUGGACCACCGUUCAAAAACACGAUGGUGAGUUAUUUGAAUAGCAUAUGCACGAAUACAUGCUUAUUUCAAGGCAGUAAAUCGUUUGGAUUGAACGAGGAAAACAUGUUUGCCCACUUCGCCUAUUGUCUCAAAGGGUUGGGCUGCAGUUCCAGCCACAUUCCACCAUGUGCUCGAGUUAGCAAUGAAGCUAGAUAGCUAGCACGUUAAUUCGACGGCCAACUCACAAAUUGCUGAACGAUAUAUUUGAGGAUGCAUUGUUUUCUAGUUUUUUUUAUGGACCCAUUGUCUUGCUGGGCACAUGUGAAGACGCUCUCUAAUACUUAACCCCUUCGAGACUUGUGGUUUUGCAGUGCAUUACCUUCCUAUUUGCAUCUUGCUAUCUAACUGGCUAGCCAGAUACGUUAGCCCUUCGCCAAUCAACAUACUAUAAUAAUAAUAAUAAUAAUAUGCCAUUUAGCAGACGCUUUUAUCCAAAGCGACUUACAGUCAUGCGUGCAUACAUACUGUAGAACACCGUUGUUGCGCAAUCAAUCACUAACAGUUAUAUACUGACCUGUCAAAUGUUUAAAUUACGGACAUUUGCCUACACAUUUAUUUGUAUUAAGGGGUGUUUUGUGAUUAACGUUACUGCUUUGAAGAACACAUUUCCUUUACCUCUAGUCUGGAAUGACCAUAAACAUUGAUGCGACAGUGCUUUCAUUCUUGGCCAAUGUUAUCAUGUGUUUUUAAUCAUAAUCUCGGUAAUUUGACAAACCCCUUUGUUUGUAUAAGCAUGCGGUCAAUCGACGAACUGAAUGUUAAUGUUGUCAAACAAUACCACGCCCCCUUACCAGACGUGCAAUCCGUUGCGUGCAAUACCUUUUUUAUUGGGCUACUUGAAAAAUACUGCAACGAACAUCAAGUAACUUAUAUGCAUAUUUGUUAAAUACAACCUGUAUGCCAUAUUGCACAUCAUUCAUUAUGCCAAUGUUGAAUGGGAUGGAUUCGGAAACGAGCUCUAAUCAUUCUCUCUAUUGCAUCGACAUGAAUAUCCCCAUUGAGCAAAAUGGUCGCAUGACAUCUUGCAUUGGCCGAAGACAUACUGUUUCAUGUGGCUUCAUGUGGCAUGUGGCUUCUACAUAAUAAAUGUUGUCUUUCUCGAGCAGAAUUCGAGAUUAGUAGACACACACACAACCCUGUGUAACCUACGACUGACUACUCAUGCUGAGUUGAUAACCAGUGGGAAUUUACCACCAUAUAGUUAGAUUGAGGACUCUAGAUGGAUAAAACAAGUUUUGGCAUGGACAUUGCCAUUGAGGGCUUCACCAUUUUAAAGUAGUCAACUGGGUGGGACUUCCUAUGAGUGAAGGAAGGAUCACAUGAUUCCAUCUAUACUUGGAAUAUCUGAUAAUGAUUACAAUUCACUGUGAAAAUAUUUAUUCAUAAACAUUAAAUACAACAAGUGUUCAGCAGAAUUAAACCCAGGGUUUCAUUCUAGUGUCACAUCAUGUGUGAAAAUACUCAAGUUAUUGCCAUUUGUAAAGUACAAGUACAUACAUUGGAAUUUCACUUUUUUAAAAAAAAGUAGUGCUGAGCGAUUAGUGCUUUUUGAGGUCAUUUUGGUUUAGAAUAUAUGUAAAAAAAAACAUUCACUGAAAUAUCAAAAAAAAAAGUUGGAAAUUACUAUGAAAUAAUAUAAUAUUUCAGUUGUGUAUAUUACUUAGUUUUUAUUUGUGUUAUUUUUAAUUCCUAAAAGUAAUCUCAUCUCUGCUCAGGCAAUAGCAACCAAACAGCCAGACAACGUUCUCUGUGCUGUACUGUCUUUAGUCCUCUUAUUUAGCUAGGCAUGCUGCAGAGCUGUUUGACAAUCAUUUUACUAGUUCUUCAAAGUAGAUCGGGAUACUUUUACGAACUGUCUUUAUCCAUCUUGGUUGUGUUGUUGCCCUCUCAUGCGGUCUGUGUGUAUCUAACAUAGCAGGCGUAAAAGUGUGUCCAUCUCGGUCCGAGGCGGAAAAUACAGGCGCAAUGGAUUAUGGUCACUGUAGUUAAAUACCAUGUUGCACUGAAUUAGGUUGAAUAUUUGCUUAAUUAAAAAUACAACUCCCUUCAGCCCAGCGGCCCACAUACAGUGGGGAAAAAAAGUAUUUAGUCAGCCACCAAUUGUGCAAGUUCUCCCACUUAAAAAGAUGAGAGGCCUGUAAUUUUCAUCAUAGGUACACGUCAACUAUGACAGACAAAAUGAGGGAAAAAAAUCCAGAAAAUCACAUUGUAUGAUUUUUAAUUUAUUUAUUUGCAAAUUAUGGUGGAAAAUAAGUAUUUGGUCACCUACAAAACAAGCAAGAUUUCUGGCUCUCACAGACCUGUAACUUCUUCUUUAAGAGGCUCCUCUGUCCUCCACUCAUUACCUGUAUUAAUGGCACCUGUUUGAACAUGUUAUCAGUAUAAAAGACACCUGUCCACAACCUCAAACAGUCACACUCCAAACUCCACUAUGGCCAAGACCAAAGAGCUGUCAAAGGACACCAGAAACAAAAUUUUAGACCUGCACCAGGCUGGGAAGACUGAAUCUGCAAUAGGUAAGCAGCUUGGUUUGAAGAAAUCAACUGUGGGAGCAAUUAUUAGGAAAUGGAAGACAUACAAGACCACUGAUAAUCUCCCUCGAUCUGGGGCUCCACGCAAGAUCUCACCCCGUGGGGUCAAAAUGAUCACAAGAACGGUGAGCAGAAAUCCCAAAACCACACGGGGGGACCUAGUGAAUGACCUGCAGAGAGCUGGGACCAAAGUAACAAAGCCUACCAUCAGUAACACACUACGCCGCCAGGGACUCAAAUCCUGCAGUGUCAGACGUUUCCCCCUGCUUAAGCCAGUACAUGUCCAGGCCCGUCUGAAGUUUGCUAGAGUGCAUUUGGAUGAUCCAGAAGAGGAUUGGGAGAAUGUCAUAUGGUCAGAUGAAACCAAAAUAUAACUUUUUGGUAAAAACUCAACUCGUCGUGUUUGGAGGACAAAGAAUGCUGAGUUGCAUCCAAAGAACACCAUACCUACUGUGAAGCAUGGGGGUGGAAACAUCAUGCUUUGGGGCUGUUUUUCUGCAAAGGGACCAAGACGACUGAUCCGUGUAAAAGAAAGAAUGAAUGGGGCCAUGUAUCUUGAGAUUUUGAGUGAAAACCUCCUUCCAUCAGCAAAGGCAUUGAAGAUGAAACGUGGCUGGGUCUUUCAGCAUGACAAUGAUCCCAAACACACCGCCCGGGCAACGAAGGAGUGGCUUCGUAAGAAGCAUUUCAAGGUCCUGGAGUGGCCUAGCCAGUCUCCAGAUCUCAACCCCAUAGAAAAUCUUUGGAGGGAGUUGAAAGUCUGUGUUGCCCAGCGACAGCCCCAAAACAUCACUGCUCUAGAGGAGAUCUGCAUGGAGGAAUGGGCCAAAAUACCAGCAACAGUGUGUGAAAACCUUGUGAAGACUUACAGAAAACGUUUGACCUGUGUCAUUGCCAACAAAGGGUGUAUAACAAAGUAUUGAGAAACUGUUGUUAUUGACCAAAUACUUAUUUUCCACCAUAAUUUGCAAAUCAAUUCAUAAAAAAUCCUACAAUGUGAUUUUCUGGAUUUUUUUCCCCUCAAUUUGUCUGUCAUAGUUGACGUGUACCUAUGAUGAAAAUUACAGGCCUCUCAUCUUUUUAAGUGGGAGAACAUGCACAAUUGGUGGCUGACUAAAUACUUUUUCCCCCACUGUAGGUCUUGACAUGAUUUCUCUCCUGAAUGGUUUGAUCUCUAGAGGAAUUGCGUGUUGGGGUCACAAAAAAUACUAACUAAAUGGAAUUCAAGUAAUUGAACUGAAGUUGUCCAAUUUAGUUGUUUAAUAACCAAUCUUUUUUGUUGUUGUUGGGUUAAUCACUCAGAUCUACUAAGAAGAUUUUAAACACACAAGUAUAUAAAAUACAACCCCCCCAUAUGUAAGGCAAGAAAGUGCAAGGAAUGUGCACUUUAAUGGUACACUCCUUGCUCGAGUCAUAGUUGUUUACCAUACAUCUGUGCACAUAUGGGCUGUUGCUCUUCCAUAUGAACUCUGUUGGCCCUAGUCUACUCGAGGAAGGCCUGUCGCGCUUGAUUAAACAGCUCCGCUGCUGUGGUGGUGGUAACACUCCCCGUCAAAGACGCCUUUGUGUGGGUUGGAGGAAAAACCCUCCCGCAAACAUACAGGCCUAUGUGGGUCUAUAGAGCUCAUCACAACUGUCAGUGAAAUUAUUUAACCCGUGAAAUGCUGCAACGUCCACACCACCGCUGACAUAUCUUGCAUAGGCUUACAUAUAGCCUAGCAGCAACUGGAACAAACUGCAUUUUCAAUUAUUACUAGUAUACUUGUUUGAGUUGACAUUUUUUAUAAUAUACCUGCUUUGGCAUGUCUUUAUUUGAUGAUUAUCUGAUGCGAGUGUGGAGCGUAACCCAUCUUUUGAAUGGAGCAGCAACCUGCCUAUAGAGUAUUAACGUGAUGGGCUGCAGUGUUAUUUUAGCAGCGUUGUAGGGUACUACAUGUCAGCAGAACAUUUAUAUAGAUAGUAGUCCUGAGGUAAAUAUAGGCUGAAAAGUAGAGCAUAAUGGAGCUUGCGCUACACUGAAAUGUGAAGCCGGAUUUGUUUAUGGCCUACUGACUACACAUAAUGUACGUUAAGGUCCACGACUCAGUCAAUCGCUUAAUUUCAAAUGAGGACAGAAAACAAACCCAGCUGGGAACAGAUAUAUGGCCUGUCUGAAAUGGCACUGUAUUCCCUAUCACCCUAUGCUAUUUGGGAUGCAGCUUAAGUCUAAGCAAAAGACACUGAGCCUCAUUGGCUCUUUUUAGUGCAAACUUUUAUUUACUUAAAACAAUGAUGUAAAUUAAAGGAGGCCAAAACAACACUUAAAAAAACCCUAGUUCAAUAAUAGACAUAAUUGGAAAUCGUCUAAUAUCUUCCCAGUAAGCUCUGUAGCUAACUCGUCUGUCUGGACAAUCCUCUGUGUCUGUCUGCCCCUUACUGACAGUUGAACCCCCACCCCCCCCCCUCCCCAGGACAGAAUCACCAACCAACCACACCCCCUCUCUCUCCCUCCUUAACCCAACUGUAACAACACACCAGAUAAGUCUGAUUGUCCUGGAUCAAGCCGCAGAGAGUGCUUGUUCGUGUUCAGCAAGGAACAUCGUAUAAAUACAUUUAGCAACAGAAAACAAUAAUUUGUGUUGUAUGUUAUUGGUCUAGGUAGUAGCACCUCCCUUUUCACCCUGUUUGAAAACAAAUUCUCCACACUGAACACGGCCCUGUCGGACAACAGUUUGGGACUGCAUUUCAUCAUGUGAAAGCCCCCUUCCUUGCCUUGGCUUUAGGGUUGCAAAACUCUGGUAACUUUUCCAAAAUGCCCAGGUUUUCUAGAAAUCCUGGUUGGAGGAUUCCUGGAUUUCUUGCCUAUUCCUUUCUGAUUCCGUUAAUCUUCCAACCAGGAUUUUGGGGAGUUUUGAGAAAGUUUACAGAAUUUUGCAAACCUACUUUGCGUCCAUUACCCCACUGACUCCAACCUGUUUGGCUGUGAGUGACCUCCUUACUGAACUGCCACUGUCACCUCACACCAAGCAGCCAUUACUACUGUGGAACUGGGUCAAUUCUCCCAUCUCUCUGAAAAUGUUGCUCCACUGACCCCAGCCUCUCACCACGUCCAAGCGGUGCCAGGCCUAAACAGUGUACAUACACACUAGGGCAAUGAGGUUAUAUCUACCGCAGUCAUAUACCCUUGAAUGCACCUCGGCUACUACAAGUGGCGCAGUGGUCUAAGGCACUGCAUCGCAGUGCUAGCUGUGCCACUAGAGAUCCUGGUUCGAAUCCAGGCUCUGUCGUAGCCGGCCGCGACUGGGAGACCCAUGGGGCGGCGCACAAUUGUCCCAGCGUCGUCCAGGGUAUGGGAGGGAAUGGCCGGCAGGGAUGUAGCUCAGUUGGUAGAGCAUGGCGUUUGCAACGCCAGGGUUGUGGGUUCGAUUCCCACGGGGGGCCAGUAUGAAAAAAUUAAAAAAUAAUAAUGUAUGCACUCACUACCUGUAAGUCGCUCUGGAUAAGAGCGUCUGCUAAAUGACUAAAAUGUAAAUGUUUUUUGUCUGCAAGGUUACACUAUGGCUUUUUAAAUGACGACACAAAACCUUCUCUGGAGAAAGUUUCGAAGCGCCACUGAACGGGCAUUUUACUUGUCUGUAAAGGAAUGCCGCUUCUGAAGCGGGACGAACGUCCAUCACUAGGUGACCAGAACUGUCAAUCAAAUAAUCUUGAGCUGCCUGCGUGCAGCUAGCCUGCUCGCCGACCACUCUUUCCUAAAAAAAGUACUUUCAAGUUUGUUAAAUACUGUGACUUACCAAGACAUUUAGUAGAAAGAUAACCUUUUCCGCUAGGAAUUGACUCCUAAAGCGCUAUUCGAACGGGCUAAGUUUUACUGGGGGAGCUCAGGUAAUGUAAUUAUGUACACGAGCACAAGUCACCACAUCUGUCAUUUUAGUCCCGUCCGAAUCUGCUAUGUCAGUAAUUUUUUACUUGGCAGGAAGGUUGUCCCUGUCCUAAAAACCUACUGUUUUUCGGCAAACUCCCAGGUCCUCUGAUAAUACUUAUCCCGUGCGAAUCGCCAUCCCUGUGUUUCGAGGGAUAUUACAGAGUUUGGGUAAGAACAUGGGAACAAAUUGAUGCUUACAAAAAGUGCUAUGCACAUUCAUACAGAUGAAUGAGACGUUUUUGUCAAAUAUCAACUUUUUUUAUUGGACGAUAUCGUACCAAUAAAUUGCCAAAAACAUCAGUUAAUUAAAUGUCUGCGACGGUUACAGUUAAUGGUUCUUAUUGAUAUGCAUUAUGACUUUCUCUGAACUGAAGGCCAUUAGGCCAAUAUUAGGGUAUCCUUAGACAUUUGAAAUGUGGACACCCCUGCUGUUAUUGUGAAGUGGAAACGUCUAGGAGCAACAACGGCUCAACCGCGAAGUGGUAGGCCACACAACCUCCCAGGACGGGACUGGCGAGCGCUUUAGCGGGUAGCGCAUAAAAAUCGUCUGUCCUCAGUUGCAACACUCGCUACCGAGUUCCAAACUGCCUCUGGAAGUAACGUCAGUGCAAUAACUGUUCGUCGGGAGCGCCAUUAAAUGGAUUUCCAUGGCUGAGCAGCCGCAUACGGCUGGAGUGGUGUAAAGCUCGCCGCCAUUGGACUCUUGAGCAGUGGAAAUGCCUUCUCUGUCACGCUUCACCAUCUGGCAAUCCGACGGACUAAUCUGGGUGUGGCGGAUGCCAGGAGAACUGGUGGAGGAGGUAUAAAGGUCUGCGGCUGUUUUUCAUGGUUCGGGCUAGGCCCCUUAGUUCCAGUGACGGGAAAUUUGAACGCUACAAUAUACAAUGACAUUCUGUGCUUCCAACUUUGUGGCAACAGUUUGGGGAAGGCCCUUUCUGUUUCAGCAUGAUAAUGCCCCCCUGUACAAUGGGAGGUCCAUACAGAAAUGGUUUGUCAAGAUCGGUGUGGAGGAACUAGACUGGCCUGCACAGAGCCCUGAUCUCAACCUGACCAUUAUCCCAGAAACCCUAGACCCACUCUAAUUUGCAUACCGCCCCAACAGAUCCACAGAUGAUGCAAUCUUUAUUGCGCUCCACACUGCCCUUUCACACCUGGACAAAAGGAACACUUAUGUGAGAAUGCUAUUCAUUGACUACAGCUCAGCGUUCAACACCAUAGUGCCCUCAAAGCUCAUCACUAAGCUAAGGACCCUGGGACUAAACACCUCCCUCUGCAACUGGAUCCUGGACUUCCUGACGGGCCGCCCCCAGGUGGUAUGGGUAGGUAACAACACGCUGAUCCUCAACACAGGGGCCACUCAGGGGUGCGUGCUCAGUCCACUCCUGUACUCCCUGUUCACUCAUGACUGUAUGGCCAGGCACGACUCCAACACCAUCAUUAAGUUUGCCGAUGACACAACAGUGGUAGGCCUGAUCACCUACAACGACGAGACAGCCUAUAGGGAGGAGGUCCGAGACCUGGCCGUGUAAGGGCUUUGAAGUAAGCAUUUCACUGUAAGGUCUACGCCUGUUGUAUUCGGUGCAUGUGACAAAUAAGAUUCUAUUUAUUUGAUUUGAACACCUGGAUUAAUUGGAACGCCGACUGCGAGCCAGGCCUAGUCGCCCAACAUCAGUGCCCGACUUCACUAAUGCUCUUGUGGCUGAAUGGAAGCAAGUCACUGUAGCAAUGUUCCAACAUCUAGUGGAAAGCCUUCCCAGAAGAGUGGAGGCUGUAUAGCAGCAAAGGGGGGGACCAACUCCAUAUUAAUGCCCAUGGCUUUGGAAUGAGAUGUUCGACGAGCAGGUGUCCACAUACUUUUGCCUCCAGGCUUCAUCUUAAUGGUCAAUUUUGAAUUACAGGGGCAGUUUGGUAAAACUAAUCCCGUCUGAAUCGUCCACUGGAAAAACGGACAUGCUGGGGUAAUAAUUACAUAACCGACGUUCUAUAGUAAUACUAGUCCCGUGCGACUAGGGCUUAAGAUUCAGUAUUUUUGGAAUGGAGGAGACUGAUUUAGUUCCCGUACUUCCGAGAAACAAACACACAUCUUUCAUUGCGAGGGGCAGAGAAAGAGGGGAGGGGCACAGUAUAGGCAGGUCGGCCACCAGACAGACUGAAUCUGAACCAUGUACUAGGCCUAUCUAUCAACAAUCAAAAUCUGUAUCUCGCAAUGGAAUGCUGUAUUUACUGGCUUGCAAUGUCUCGCAACAUCAGUAAAGCAGGGCCUAUCAUCAAUAAAUAGGCUAGGAUAUUCUACACGCGAAAGACUGAACACAUGUUCGUAUCAUUAGCGAAGAGAAAGGGCAGGCGAUCCAGCUGCAAUGUGAUUUAAAAAUUGUGGGGUUAUGGAUUUUUCUUAAUGUUAAGGAUCCCAAUUUUGUUUAAAUGUGUACACACACACAGGUCUACUGAAUACCUUUACACUACUAGUGGGAGUUAAUCUUACGAUUACCCAUGUAGGCCUACAGGCUACUAACGCAGGAAUACAAGGGGUUGUUUUUGACAGCAAAGUUCCCCUCUGACCUGGAUCAAGCCCAAAGCUUUUAGGAGGAUCUGCUGUCUGUCCUGCUGUUUAGUUUUUUUAAUUUAUUUUUUACUCCGGUUAAUUUACUAAGGUUACUGUAAUACUGUUUAAGAGGAGUGUGUGUGUGAGAGAGAAAUAGUUUCAGACUGGGGGGGUAGCCUAUGGGCUAGUAAUCUUUUUGUCUGAGUGUGGGUGGGGCAGUCUGGAUUAAAUACAGAGCGCAGAAGGAACGUGUGUCUGAUUUGCGCCAGUCAUCGCCCUGCGGAAACUGCGACUCACAUUUUUAAAUACUUUAUUUGAAUCCACAAAUCACAAUACAGUCGACGGAUUCAAACAUUUCAAAGGACACAUAUCUGGACUCUUAUGGAUACAGAAAGCACUUCUCCAUACAGCUAGGCUGCCUAUGAUGGACACACACACUUGUAAAAAAAACAAACAACAACAACAAAACAAUAAAAUAAAAUAAAACACACACUGAAAUAGAAAAAAAAUCUAGUUUCUAGCACUUUCAGUUCCCUAUACAGUCAGUGACAACUUACAUGGCCUCAAAGACUACAGAUCACUGCAUUACAAAUGUCAAAAGGCAUGUGGCCAGUGCUAGCUACUCCGAGAGGUAUAAAGUUACCUUUUGCUUAUGUAGCACAUUUAGUUUCUGGUUUCUGACUUAGCAGAACCCUAGUUUCCUCUCUCUGCUCUCCUCUCCUCCUUUUCUUCCUGUUUCCAAUUGGCCAGGCCUGUUUUUGGCUGGUUGACAUGGGUCUUCCUCUAAUUUACUGCUCUGGCAGGGCAUGUGGCCUAUUUGAAGGGAGGUGGAGGAGGACAAGAGACUUGGUUAGUUGUUUACAGCUUUGCAGGCCCAGGGUGUGUUUCUGACCGACGGUUGGCCGGCCCACGCUUGUGGUUAGAAUCAGAGAGCGAGAGACUCUUCCUGUGUGUGUGCAUACCGUACAGCAAUCUGUUACACCUUUUACACCCUGUAGGAAUCCUUUUCACUUGAUCCAUGUACAAAACGCCUCACUGACCACUAGCUCGUUUGAAUGAUUGACCUGCUCGUGGGCGCCUGGAUCAUCUAGCCCUUCUAGGAGAGCAGACACACAGGCUUUGUCCAAAAGUGCACUACUUUUAACUGAAACAGGGCCCACUGGCCUCAGAAGUAGUGCAAUAUCUAGGGAACAGGGUGCCAUUUUGGAUGCAGGCACACACAGCACUCAUGGCCAGUAAAAGUAGCUUGGCUGGUGCUAGCUCCACUCCAGUCUCCAGACAGUGCUGGAUCUGCUCUGUGGUUGGGCCGCCCUUCUGGUCCCUGUAAUCUAUAGGGCCGUAACUCCUCUUAGGGCUCGGCCUUGGGGCGGUGGGCUUUGUUGGAGGGCUCUGGGGUAUUCAUUACACCCUGAGAAAUUCCUGCUCCUCUUGAGGGGUCAUCUGACUGGCCGUGGGCCCAACACUGCCAUAUGUAGUCUGACCCAUGCUGAGUGGUAGCGACGAGAUGCCGACGAGAAGGAUAGAAAAAGCGCUCACGUCAGCAUUUUUUGCCCCCCAUGUGCCCUUUGCUUGCCCCCACCACUACUAGGGCUCUACUUCAACUCCAUUUGUUGUUGUUCCCACAAGACGCUUAAUGUAGACUGAGACCUGUCCUUUUCCCUGGCUCCGUACACACGAGGGAGCAGGAGGGAAUUAAAUGUUUUGCUAAUCCUCUUAACAGUCUUAACUAGCUACUGCACCUGUGGGCUGAAUGGCUGGUAGUGCAGGAGUGUGUGUGUCAAUGUGUAGCUCGUGUUGUGUGGUCAGUCUCCAUAAUAAAUUGGGAUUAGUGGGUUGCCCUGGUGUUGUAAGGGCUGAGACCUGCUAAAAGUGUCACCGCACAACUGUUUAAUAUAUGGAAGUGGGCCAACUAUGCUUGGGGUAGUCCUGGUAGUAGUAAGACUAUUUGUCUUCAGAAUGUUACCUGCAAAAUGCAUUUUAUUAUCUCUUUCUCCUGAUCUCUGGUAUUAUAGCUCAAAGGUGUUUCGAGACUUAGGUGUAGACUAUUAGGCACGUUUUGGUUUGCAUAUGUUGUGUACGUGUGGACUUGCCUCUGUAAAUCACCUUAUUAAGCAAUGUGGUGUGAGCAGCCACGAGGGCUUCUAACAGCUGGUAACGUUCCACACCGCCUGAGCAUGCUCUGCUGUUUGAGCUGACAUGUUGAUGUUAGCGCUUCAAUCUAUCCAGUUCUAUCGUUGAUGAAACCAUUGGGUAGUCGUUAUCAUAGAAUGCAAACCCUUUAAAAGCAGAUAAGACUAAUAGGUUAUGCUUAACAGACCAAUAUUCAUCAAAACUUACCUCCGUUCACCACAUUCUUGAGUUGACCUGAUAAAAUAAGGCUUUGUUGUAAAAUAGGGCGGAGGCUCGACACUUGACAGAAGAAUGUAUAGGCCUAGUCUAAAUCUGGACUUUCUACCCGUAAGACACUUAUUUUAUUUUUAUGAUUCUGGCUUUAUGGGCCUAAGCAGUUUGGUUAGUAAAGCGCUUAAACUCUGAAGGGCCCCAUAGGAUCGUGCAGUUGCUGUAAACAUUGCAUCAUUUUGUUAAAGCGCCAAUCAGCAGUUUAAAUUAAUAACAAAGAUCUCCCUGCCAAUGUUUGAGUAAAAAGCUGAGGGGGGGGCUGGAAAAAUGAAACCACUCAAAUGUAUAGGCCGAGCUAUUGAUGCAAUGACUAGUUUUUAUCAUGUUUUGAGGCUAUACGGUGUUUGUUUACUUUGUUUAUGAACAUUGGAGGAAAACAAGCGUAUGUUUUGGGUUCUGAUGUGGUAUGACAGUUGAACUAAGCUUAUGAGGCAUUUAUAGGUUAUACUCUUCAAGAAUCAAUGGUUACAUGUAAUUAAUUUAGAAGUCACAAAAUUGAUGGACUUUAGAUUGCCCCCUUUUUUUAAAGCUACAGUACAGCACACAAAUAUAGAUACGGGCACAUUUUGCCAUGGCAGAACCAUGUCUGAUGUGAAGCACUUUGUGGCUGUUGGUUUAAAGGUGCAAUAUGCAGAAAUAGCUCCGCCAUUUCCGUUCAGUAUACCGGGGUAUUUGGAAAGGGCCACGGGAUGGUUUUUCAAUACCGUCAAUACAGUUUUUAAACUAUUUGUUUGAAGUUUUUCUAUAAAUUAUCAUAUUUGUAGCUACUUUUUAAGUAAACACCUGCAGUCAACUUGUGCAAUACAUUAGGAGAUAAGAUUUCGUUCUUCAUUUCACCUGUCACAUUAUUUUACAUUAUGAAGCUUACCGUAGUUUGACAAGCUCAACUGGUCUGACGGUUUGUUUGCCAAUAGCACAAUGAGAGAAAGCAGGAGCAGGUGAGUCCAGCUGUGUAUUGACGGGUGUCGUUUUAUACUGAACAAAAAUAUAAAUGCAACUUGCAACAAUUUCGAAGAUUGGGGCGGCAGGUAGCCUAGUGUUUGGGCCAGUAACUUAAAGGUCACUGGUUCGAAUCCCCGAGCCGACAAAUAUGAUGUGCUCAUGAGCAAGGCACUUUCCCUUAAUUGCUCCUGGAAGUCGCUCUGGAUAAGAGCAUCUGCUAAAUGACUAAAAUGUAAAUUAGUUAGUUCAUAUGAGGAAAUCAGUCAAUUGAAAUACAUUCAUUAGGCCCUAAUCUAUGGGUUUCACAUGACUUGGAAUACAGAUAUGCAUCUGUUGGUCACAGAUGCAAAAAAUGGGCAUCACAAUGGGCCUCAGGAUCUCAUCACGGUAUUUUUGUGCUUUCAAAUUGGCAAUUGAUAAAAUGCUAUUGUGUUCGUUGUCCGUAGCUUAUGCCUGCCCAUACCAUAACCCCACCGCCAUCAUGGGGCACUCUGUUCACAACGUUGACAUCAGCAAACCGCUCACCCACACAACGCCAUACACAUGGUCUGCGGUUGUAAGGCCAUUGGAGGCAGGUGGUGGAGAAAUGAACAUGGGCGGCAGGUAGCUUAGUGGUUAAGAGCGUUGUGCCAGUAACCGAAAGGUCGCUGGUUCUAAUCCCCGAGCCGACUAGGUGAAAAAUCUGUCGAUGUGCCCUUGAGCAAGGCACUUAACCCUAAUUGCACCUGUAAGUCGCUCUGGAUAAGAGCGUCUGCUAAAUGACCAAUUAUUUAUUUAUUUAUUUAUUUAUAAAAUGAUCUGGCAACAGCGCUGGUGGACAUACCUGCAGUCAGCAUGCCAAUUGCACACUCCCUCAAAACUUGAGACCUCUGUGGCAUUGUGUUUUGUGGCAUAACUGCACAUUUUAGUGGCCUUUUAUUGUCCCAGCACAAGGUGCACCUGUGUAAUGAUCAUGCUGUUUAAUCAGCUUCUUGAUAUGGCACUCCUGUCAGGUGGAUGGACUAUCUUAGCAAAUGAGAAAUGCUCACUUACAGGGAUUUAAACAAAUUUGUGCACAAGAUUUGAGCAUUAAGCUUUUAGUGCAUAUGGAACAUUUCUGGGAUAUUUUAUUUCAGCUCAUGAAACCAACACUUUACAUGUUGCGUUUAUAUUUAGGUUCAGUGUAUAUUGAAAGUUGUUUUUUUUGCUUCAAUACAGUGAUCAGGGGCGUGCAACUUUAGUUUUCUUUCACAGAAAAUACAUUAGUGCAAUACAUUAGGCAGAAAAUGGCUUCAUUUUCAUCGGAUGACAACAGAAGUGCAGCACUAUUUGGCUGGCAGCCACAAGUAAAUUAGUUUACAAUGAAAAAGAAAGGUGGUCUUUGCAAAAAUAAUGCAUGGCCAUCAUAUUUCUAAUGUUUAUCCUAUAAAUAAUUUAGCCAGCUACAUUUUCUAAUGUUUUGCUUAAAAUUAAUCUUGCAUUUUACCUGAGAAAAGUAGGCUACACCGAAAAGUAGCUACACAUCAGUCCGAGUGCUGUCUGCUGAUAGAAUGCCGUUUGUGAAUUGUGAAACUGAAGAACAAAAUUAGUCUAAGGCUGAGCAGAAAUUACAAUAAGAAGCAUUUUAGAGUUGCAUUUAGAAAAUGCAGUAAGAUAUAAAAAAAAUGAUGUUAGACCCUUUUUCUCCCCAAUUCCGUGAUAUCCAAUUGGUAGUUACAAUCUUGUCUCAUCACUGCAACUCCCCAACGGGCUCGGGAGAGGCGAAGGUUGAGUCAUGCGUCCUCUAAAACAUGACCCGCCAAGCGCUGCUGCUUCUUAACACACUGCUCGCUUAACCAGGAAGCCAGCCACACCAUUCAACUGAUGACCGAAGUCAGCUUGCAGGUGCCUGUCCCGCCACAAGGAGUCGCUAGAGUGCCAUGGGCCAAGGAAAUCCCCCUGGCCAAACCCUCCCCUAACCCGGACGACCCUGGAACAAUUAUGCGCCGCCCUAUGGGGCUCCCGGUCACGGCCGCAUCUCAGCACUGCGAUGCAGUGCCUAAGACUUCUGCGCCUCUCAGGAGUGUAACAAGAUAUUUCUUAUGCAUAUUCUUUUUUGGGGGGGGCUAGUUAUCUAAGAAAGUGGCUGAAUUAAUAAGGAGACGGGGCAUCAUAUAGUGUUCCUCCAAGUCCUUAGAAAGUUUUGAAUAUUUUCCUUGACUUACUGGCUCUCUCUCUGUAAUCCUUUAAUUAUUAUAAUCUCAUGACCGUGACUGGACACGUUUCUCAUACUUGGGGAUUCUGAUUCUCUGUAAUUUGUAGUAGAAGUGCUGGCAGUUGACAUUCAAAUAGUUGUCAUGUUUCCACAGACAUAUAAACCUUUUGAAUAGCCAUCUCCAUAACUUACUACACUGAACAAUGUAGGCUACACAAUCAAAUUCAUACCUCUGUUGUCAAAGGUGCAUUCUGCAGAGUCUUUGUCCCCCUGUGGCCACUGGAAGAACAGCAAAAAUAGUUUAAUAAAAAAAUAAAAACCUGCAGACAUGUAUUAACAAAUGUAUUUAAGCCAACCAAGGUGCAGUCCUGCUGGUUCAAUGUUAUUCAUAUUUACAUGUAAUUGAUUAAACUCCAUACUGCACCUUUUAAACUCACUGCCUGUCCUUGCAGGGGUGUUAUCCUUCGAUGACGAUGUGGAGGUGGACCAUCCCUAUGGCGAUGAGGACGAGGCUGCGCUCGAGGCGGAGGUGAACGGCAACUGGACGCCACAGGAGAAGGCGCUCCACGAGGCGCGGCUCAAGGCCAAGGCCAAGCGGCGUGUGCGCAAAUCGUCAUCCCGCAGCGAGUCGCUCUCCGAGUCGCUGUCGGGUGAGCUGGCCGACGGCGACUCCCACAGCCCCAAGGGCAAGGUGCCCGUCCCCAACGACCGCAAGUCCAGGACGGGCAAGGGCCGGGGCCUGCCCAAGAAAGGUAUGUGCUAAUGUUAGGCUAACAGCUAAUAAUGCUAACUAUGCUAAUAGAUGGAUGGAAGUCAUCUACUCUGUAAGCGCUGGUGGUCUAGUGCCAGUUUUGGUCUGGGGCCAUAACAGUUUUUGUUUAGGAUUGAAGUCAGGUAAGCUGAUCAUAGAGCAGAGCUCAUGGCUGAGGUAAUCUCCCUGGGUUCACAAAACCCAUCUAUUCUAAAUGUGUCGCCAAUGAUAACUGACUAGCUCUGAUGUUGAUGUGGUCUUUUCACAACAGGUGGUGCAGGGGGUAAAGGUGUGUGGGGAGCAGCAGGGAUGGUGUACGAGGUAGAGGAACCAGAUGUCAAGGACCCCAACUACGACGAGGUUGCACAGGUAAGAGGGGGGGCACAAGUUAGAGGUGUGUGUAAACGACAUGAGCUCUCUCCUACCCCUAACCUACACAAUAGAGCCUCUGCACGCACCCCUCUCGUCUCCUCUUCACCAGUGUCCCCACAAUCCCUGUCCCAAAUUGUUACUACAAAGACAACAGUUACUUAGAUGAGGGGGCUACUACGGGCCAGGGUCGGGUUCUAGUUGUUUUGCUCUGAGCUCUGUUUUUGGACUAGCUUUUGUUCAGAAGUGGCCAGUCAUCACAAAGCCGCUGCCCGUUUUGGAUCAUAAAUAACAUGCUGGUGGUGAUUGCUGGGACUGGCGGUGAAUGCAGGGGCCACAUGCUCCCAGACAAGCAGAUAUUGUCCAUACAAAGUCCACAACUGGAUCAUGCUCAUCAGGACACAUUUUCAAAACAUUUUGUAAUAGAAGACUAAAAGCAGCAUUUCGUAUUGAACAGAUAAUACCUCCCCAUUUAGCGCUCCGUUUCGGACUGCUUUCUUCCUUUUCAUGGCGUCUGAACACAACCCUGUUGUCAACAUCCAUCGCCAUAAUUAUGACUCACAUAAUGAGUCGUACAUCCUCUUGAAUCUUUUUGAAUGGAAUCGGAAAAUACAGUUUUUAUUUGUAUUCUAUUCUGGGUGGAAUACCUUACAUUAUUAUCACAAAUGUAGGCUUGUUCUGUCAUAGGCCUUGACUAUAUUGUUUGGCUUCGUUAUGUCUUAUAUUCCACCAUACACCUUAGAAAUGCUCUAUGAUGGCGAGGGUUUUUGAAUUGCUAUAUAUUUUUUUACUUUAACCACAGUAUCAGUUGUAAGUGGAUGUCGAAGGCUUUCUUUGCUAUCCUGUGUGGUGAGGUCGCUGCGACUGAACCAUGUAGUGGGAAAGUGCCUCCAUCAAGGCUAUUGCUCAAGAGAUAAAAACCUAGGGAAAAAACCGGUGCCAAUUGCAAUGCAGUUUGGCCUUGAGUGCCGCUGUUUCAGAAACAGUACUGGAGCAGUGGUCCUGUGGCAGCAGGUAACUAGGACCGAGUUGGUGACACUAGAGAGCAGCCCUACUGACCUCUAAAAGCAUAUAGCCCUAUGGGCUUGGCCCUGGUCAAAAGUAGUGCACUUUAUAGGGAAUAGGGUGCCAUUUGGGACGUUACCAUUCUCUUGAGACACACAGGCCUGCUCUCCAGUAUAUCCCAGUAGUGGUAUGUCUGGGAUCCCUACUAACUAGGUGGUUUGUGUGGUAAGGGUCACAUGGGUCCUGUUUUGAAAACUUGAAAGUAUACAUCCAUCCUCCUCCCUUCCUGGAAGUAAUCACUCAAUCACGACUGGGUCUGUGAAAGUUACUUGAUUUCACCAUUUAAGAUCAAUGGUUACUUUAAGGAAGGGAGUUGCAGAAUAUUUUAAGUGUUCCAACAAUACCAUAACAGGUCAUUGGUGCAGUCUGAGAACAUUUUUGGUUGUUUUAAAGGUCAAGCAUACUUCUGAAACCAGGAGGGAAAACAGGAAAGUGAGUCAGUGCAUUGGGUAAUGGCUGAAACCCUCCCUCCUCGCCUCUCUAGUGAUAUUUUCCCUUCUUUUCAGAGCAGGUCAAAACAAUAGAGGUCUCACUCUCCGCUCUAGUUUCCUGAAGCCCUGCGCACUGAGGAAGCUUGCUUUUUCUUGUUUCUCUUGAAUCGGCCAAGUGCACUCAUCUGCUGGUAUUGUUGUUUAUAAAAACAUUUAAGCCGUUCUCUAGCGCGACUGGUGUGUUAAUAUUCAAAGUUUAGAAGUACACUGUAUAUGUCGGCAGCACUUGGCACAGAACUGCUAUCAUGCUGUUACACUUGCCAUAACCCGGCCAUUCAGCCUAAAUAUAAUGGCAGUUAUUGACCCCUGUCCUAUACCUUAAAAGGCCCAGUGCAGUCAAAAAUUUGAUUUUCUUGUGUUUUAUAUACAUUUCCACACUAGGUUAGAAUAAUACUGUGAAAUUGUAAAAAUUAUGAUUAUGCCCUUUUUUAGUUUAAACACUGUUUGAAAAGACCGCCUGAAAUUUCUGCCUGUUUUGGUGGGAGGGAGUUUUGGCCUUCCAUGGUGACAUUACUAUGUGGUAAAUUAGUUAGACAAAUACCUAACCUAAUUUUCAGUUUUCCACUCAAACCACUCCGACAGACCUAGCAAAAUUAUUGCUUGAGAAAUUGCUCUUUGCUAAGAAGCUAUUUAUUUGACCAUUAAAUUGAAAACAAUCACAGUAAGGUACUUCAUUGUUACCCAGAAAUGAUUUGAUAUUGAGAUAAAAACAGCUGCAUUGGACUUUUAACAAAUGCACCAGUAGCAUUUCAGAUUACAGCAUGGAAUAAAGUGGUAAAAACAUUAGGAUUUCAUGUAUUGAUUUGUUGUUUACAUUUCUUUAGAUUUGACUGUUUUCCCUCACCCUUUUCUCUUCUUCAUCUCCUUUCCCCCCGUUUAAAAAAAAAAAAGUGUAUUCAGUAUAUACUUUUGAGAAAUUACACUUCAAUUACAUGUUGCUUUUCAGGGCCGGUCCUUGCUGUUCUGCCGCCCUAGGCAAGACAAAAAUGAGUUACGUUGAAAAGACGUCAUUUAUAGACGUCUAUGUUUGGGCCAAAUCAAGGCUGGUCCAGACCGGACAAAAUCUGAACCAAACAGUCUAUGAUUGGUUUAGAUUUUGUCCGGACCGGACAAAAAUCAAUGUCCGUGGAUGUGGAAAUCAAGGCCGGUACGGACAGCACCAAAAAAAUAUGUCCAAAAGACAUGGUAGGCCCACCAUUUGUAAAACAGGCCGUUGCCUUGGCUUUAUUAGUCCUGAUUCCUGUGACUAAUGAAUUUGUCUAUUUUAAGUUCUGAAUAUCAGCUACCCAACUUUAUCAGGAGUUAUCGUGAGCCUAUUUGCAAUGUGUUUACACAGCAGGAACUGCAGAAGUAUUUUAUUUUUCACUAUGAUCGGCUUGUCAAAGAUUUACAGAUACAAUCAUGAAACCAUUGAUCAUGACAAUGGGGUGAAACACCAUGACAACAGGUUUGAUUGUCCAUUUUACUUUGACCUAACCUGUUUUUAGGAUAUGUUUGUUGUUUGACAGCACAUUUGAUUGGGUACCAUUUAGGUUAGGCUAUUUGAUCGGAGAAACCUGCAUGAUGUAAAAAGUGUAAGUCUCAUUACAUUCAUAAAUUCUAUCUCCAGUCUGUAGGCUACAGAAAAGGCCACGUACUCUUUCUACCAUAUCCUAUACAGUGUGGGAAAAAAGUAUUUGAUCCCCUGCUGAUUUUGUACGUUUGCCCACUGACAAAGACACGAUCAGUCUAUAAUUUUAAUGGUAGGUUUAUUUAAACAGUGAGAGACAGAAUAACAACAAAAUCAUCCAGAAAAACGCAUGUCAAAAAUGUUAUAAAUUGAUUUGCAUUUUUAAUUAGGGAAAUAAGUAUUUGACCCCUCUGCAAAACAUGACUUAGUACUUGGUGGCAAAACCCGUUUUGCCAAUCACAGAGGUCAGACGUUUCUUGUAGUUGGCCACCAGGUCUGCACACAUCUCAGGAGGGAUUUUGUCCCACUCCUCUUUGCAGAUCUUCUCCAAGUCAUUAAGGUUUCGAGGCUGACGUUUGGCAACUCGAACCUUCAGCUCCCUCCACAGAUUUUCUAUGGGAUUAAGGUCUGGAGACUGGCUAGGCCACUCCAGGACCUUAAUGUGCUUCUUCUUGAGCCACUCCUUUGUUGACUUGGCCGUGUGUUUUGGGUCAUUGUCAUGCUGGAAUACCCAUCCACGACCCAUUUUCAAUGCCCUGGCUGAGGGAAGGAGGUUCUCACCCAAGAUUUGACGGUGCAUGGCCCCGUCCAUCGUCCUUUGAUGCGGUGAAGUUGUCCUGUCCCCUUAGCAGAAACACCCCCAAAGCAUAAUGUUUCCACCUCCAUGUUUGACGGUGGGGAAGGUGUUCUUGGGGUCAUAGGCAGCAUUCCUCCUCCUCCAAACACAGCGAGUUGAGUUGAUGCCAAAGAGCUCCAUUUUGGUCUCAUCUGACCACAACACUUUCACCCAGUUCUCCUCUGAAUCAUUCAGAUGUUCAUUGGCAAACUUCAGACGGCCCUGUAUAUGUGAUUUCUUGAGCAGGGGGACCUUGCGGGCUCUGCAGGAUUUCAGUCCUUCACGGCAUAGUGUGUUACCAAUUGUUUUCUUGGUGACUAUGGUCCGAGCUGCCUUGAGAUCAUUGACAAGAUCAUCCUGUGUAGUUCUGGGCUGAUUCCUCACUGUUCUCAUGAUCAUUGCAACUCCACGAGGUGAGAUCUUGCAUGGAGCCCCAGGCAAAGGGAGAUUGACAGUUAUUUUGUUUCUUCCAUUUGCGAAUAAUCGCACCAACUGUUGUCACCUUCUCACCAAGCUGCUUGGCGAUGGUCUUGUAGCCCAUUCCAGCCUUGUGUAGGUCUACAAUCUUGUCCCUGACAUCCUUGGAGAGCUCUUUGGUCUUGGCCAUGGUGGAGAGUUUGGAAUGUGAUUGAUUGAUUGCUUCUGUGGACAGGUGUCUUUUAUACAGGUAACAAACUGAGAUUAGGAGCACUCCCUUUAAGAGUGUGCUCCUAAUCUCAGCUCGUUACCUGUAUAAAAGACACCUGGGAGCCAGAAAUCUUUCUGAUUGAGAGGGGGUCAAAUGCUUAUUUCCCUCAUUAAAAUGCAAAUCAAUUUAUAACAUUUUUGACAAGCGUUUUUCUGGAAUUUGUUGUUAUUCUGUCUCUCACUGUUCAAAUAAACCUACCAUUAAAAUGAUAGACUGAUAAUUUAUUUGUCAGUGGGCAAACGUACAAAAUCAGCAGGGGAUCAAAUACUUUUUUCCCUCACUGUAUCUGCUACAUGAUUUAUGUUGGAUGCUUUUUUUUUACGGAAUGUUGGUGGAGUGACGCACGCGUCUAACAGCACUCUGGAGAGGUGCGCUGGGAAUGGACAAGCAAAAUAUUUUGCACCCCUGCCUUUGACAAAGUGGGCACUGUUUAUGACAGGGCGCCAUCAGUGCUCACCUAAAAAGCCUAUGUACUGGUUGAGAGAAAUUGUCAUUGUUUUGGGGCAGAAUUGUGAGGUUUUAUGUGUUGUUGGAGGUGCGUCUUGGUCAGUUUAGCUCAGAAAAUGACGCCCUCGUCAAUCUGCCACCUAAUCCUGCCUAAUGAGCGAGCCGGCCAUGUUGAUGUUAUUAGAUGGCUAUUCCUCACCUAUAAUGUCGUGCGGUUUCAUUUUAAAGGGAGACACCGUGUACGCCACAGUUGUUCCAGAGCUGGACGAGAGAGAACUGGAGAAGACCAUCAACCCCAUCGUACAGGAGUACUUUGAACACGGGGACACAAAAGAAGUCCAGGUAAGUGUUUGAUGUUGUAUUAAAGGGAGGAAGAGGUUGGAUGGAGGGUUGGUUAUUUGAGAAGGCCUUUAGGUGGUGGUGCAUCCAUUUUAUUUUACUGUUUUGUCUCAAAACCAAAAUCAUUUUACUUCAAGUUAACUGUGUGUGUUUCUCUCUGUGUUCCCUGUGUCUGUGUCUGCACCAUACCCCCUCUUCCACUCCCAGAUGCUGCUGAAGGAGCUGAACCUUGGCCACCACAAGUACGAGUUCUCCAGCCUGGCCGUGUCCCUGUCUCUGGAGGGCAAGGCCAGCCACCGGGAGCUCACCUCCAGGCUGCUCCGUGACCUGGUCGGCAAGGAGCUCUCAGAGUCCGACAUGGCCCGAGCCUUCGACAAGAUCCUCAAAGAGCUGCCCGACCUUAUGCUGGACACGCCAGAGGCCCCACAGGUACUGGAUGGGGGAAGGUCUUGUUGGAAAAAUAUAUUAGCUGCAUCACAAAUGGCACUAUUUAGUACACUACUUUUGACAAGGGACCAUGGAGCUCUGGUCUGAAGUAUUCAGACCCAUUGACUUUUUCCAAUUUUUUUUACUUUGCAGCCUCUAAAAUGGAUUCAAUUGUUUUUUCCCCCCUCAAUCUACACACAAUACCCCAUCAUGACAAAGCAAAAACAGGUUUUUAGAAAUGUUUGCAAAUGUAUGAAACAUAUACGGAAAUAUGACAUACGUAAGUAUUCAGACCCUUUACUCAGUACUUUGUUGAAGCACCUUUGCAGCGAUUACAGCCUCAAGUCUUCUUGGGUAUGACACUACAAGCUUGAGUUUCUCCCAUUCUUCUCUGCAGAUCCUCUCAGGUUGGAUGGGGAGCGUCGCUGCACAGCUAUUUUCAGGUCUCUCCAGAGAUGUUCGAUUGGGUUCAAGUCCGGGCUCUGGCUGGACCACUCAAGGACAUUCAGAGACUUGUCCCGAAGCCACUCCUGCAUUGUCUUGGCUGUGUGCUUAGGGUCAUUGUCCUGUUGGAAGGUGAAUCUUCGCCCCAGUCUGAGGUCUUGAGUGCAAUAUAGCAAGUUUUCAUCAAGGAUCUCUGUACUUUGUUCCGUUAAUCUUUCCCUCGAUCCUGACUAGUUUCCCAUUCCUUGCUGCUGAAAAACAUCCCCACAGCAUGAUGCUGCCACCACCAUGCUUCACCGUAGGGAUGGUGCCAGGUUUCCUCCAGACGUGAAGCUUGGCUUUCAGGCCAAAGAGUUGAAUCUUGGUUUCAUCAGACCAGAGAAUCUUGUUUCUCAUGGUCUGAGAGUCCUUCAUGUGCCUUUUACUGAGGAGUGGCUUCUGCCUGGCCACUCUACCAUAAAGGCCUGAUUGGUGGAGUGCUGCAGAGAUGGUUGUCCUUCUGGAAUGUUCUCCCAUCUCCACAGAGGAACUCUGCAGCUCUGUCAGAGUGACCAUCGGGUUCUUGGUCACUUCCCUGACCAAGGCCCUUCUCCCCCGAUUGCUCAGUUUGGCCGGGGCGGCCAGCUCUAGGAAGAGUCUUGGUGGUUCCAAACUUCUUCCAUUUAAUAAUGAUGGAGGCCACUGUGUUCUUGGGGACCUUCAAUGUUGCAGAACCGUUUGGGUACCCGCCCCCAGAUCUGUGGCUCGAACCACAAUCCUGUCUCGGAGCUCCACGGACAAUUCCUUUGACCUCAUGGCUUGGUUUUUGCUCUGACAUGCACUGUCAACUGUGGGACAUUUACAAAUCAUGUCCAAACAAUUGAAUUUACCACAGGUGGACUCCAAUCAAGUUGUAGAAACAUCAAGGAUUAUCGAUGGAAAGAGGAUGCACCUGAGCUCAAUUUCGAGUCUCAUAGCAAAAAGGUCUGAAUACUUAAUUAAAUCAGGUAUUUGUGUUUUUUUAUUUUUAAUAAAUUGGCCAUUUCUAAACUAUUUUCGCUAUGUCAUUAUGGGGUAUUGUGUGUAGAUUGAGGGGGGGGAAUAAUUUUAUCAAUUUUAGAAUACGGUUGUAUUGUAACACAGUGGAAAAAGUAAAGAUCUGAAUACUUUUUGAAUGCACUGUAUAAGGAAUAAGGUGCCAUUUGGUAUGCGUUCAUUGUCAAUUUUCUUUCAGACACACAUUUAUUUGUCAUGCUGCUAUAAACCCAACCCAGCCCCCACAAGACAAACCCAUUUUUUAUUUAAAGAGAAUAACAUAACAUAUACUGUAGGUUUUACCUUUAACUCUCUCCAACUCUACAGAUGCUGGGACAGUUUAUUGCCCGAGCCAUCGCGGACCACGCUCUACCUAUGGCAUUCCUGGACCGCUACAAAGGCAAGGUGGACUGCGACCACGCUAGGUGAGCAGGGGUUAGAGGUCAAGGGGUGAGGGAUAUUAUUUUCUUUUUUUAAGAUGACAUUUGGUGAUUUAAAUUCUAACAACUUUUUGUGUCCUUAGAAUUAUAUUUAGGGUUGCUUCAGACAAACAACAAACUGGCACAGAGACAAUAAAUCGACAAGAACAUUAGAGACAAUGAUUUGAAUCAAGGCAGGGAGGAUUAGUUAAUGGUGAGCAUUUAGGGUGAUGAGAAUUCAGAUGAAGUUGCCCCUAAGGUCAGUUUUCUCUAAGGAUUAAGGAAUAUGGUGGAAAAGCCCACUUAACAUCAAAGCAGCCUGAAGUGGUUACCUAUAUAUCGGUCGCUGAGGUUGUGAGUUAAUUGCUUAAGAACCGCCUGAUAAGGGGCCAGGGUAAAUGUUUGCGUUUUCUCACCAUGGAGGCAUAGUCAUUCUCCAAGCAACUGAACGAGCCCCUCCAGAACUUAUUGUAGCCACAUGUCAUGCCUAGGAGGACCCUUGUUUGGUUUUACCUAAUGUUUGGAAUCUUCCAUUUUCUGUUGUUAAAGAUGUACUACUCAAACCUGAGAAUGUGAAUUCCAAUGCAAAUGAUACUGUUGGGAAUUACUGAUACUGUUGGGAAAGUCAAUUUUGUAGUUAAAACCUGCUGUUACCUGACACAUUCCCUGUCUUACUAGGCAAUUUUAUUCAGUAUGUAUUUUUUUUGUUCUGAAUUCAUGUGACCGUGUUCAAUAUCUAGCUGUGACUUGACACAUUCCCCUUUUCUCAUUGCGUCUCUCCGUGGUUAUGGUCAUGGUCGCGAUGAUGACUGUUGCGGUUAUUCCCCUCCCCACAGAGCUGCGUUGGACCGCGCGGCGGUGCUCCUCUCCAUGAAGAGAGAGAUGGUGCGGCUAGACAACGUGUGGGGCGUGGGCGGCGGCCUCAGACCUGUCAAACACCUCGUCAAAGAGGUAAGAGGCCCUCUCUGCCAAGUAGGCGGGACCUGGCGCCCCGCCCGCCAAUCAUCACAUGCCAGUGUUGUAUCAUUGUGUGACUCAUAUCAAAACAUUCCAGUUAUACAAGCAACCUCCCAUUCCGGAUGUUCUCUCUCUGCAUGCAUGAAAUGUGAUGCCUUGUUGGGAGUGAUAGGAGACACUUAAUGAGAAUCAAAAAUGGCAACAGACCUGGGUUCUGUUCAUAUUAUUUAAACCCAGGUCUGAAUGGCAAUUCAACAAAACCUAUAUUCAGCUAACACCCAUCUAUCAGAGGUAGAAACAUGCUAAACCAAUCAAAGGAGAGCUUUGUUAUAUUUAUCUGCAGCCUUCCAUUGUGGGUCAACUGUAUUUACACACAGUGGAGAUUACAGUUUUGUUCCCUCCACCUGAACCCAGACUCUCGGUGCAGAGAGACGGGCUCUGUCUGGUUGUGUCCCAAAUGGCACUGUAUUCCCUAUAUAGUGCACUGAAUAGGGUGCCAUUUGGGACGGAGACUGCCUGGUGUUCUGGAGCUGCAUUCGUCUGUUAUGUAACGUAAACACAACAAGGUGGAGAGAGAACUGCAUGCUGGGUAAAGAGUUACAGGGAGCCCUGCCAGGGUGGUGUCGGCUAUCUGCCUGUUUCAGCACAACGCUGUCCCUCAGAGGUUGGAUCUGUCAUGAGGGGUGUGUGCGCGCAUUUGUGUGGUCAAAGGGGUCUUUGCUCCCUGAACUAAAUGGAUCAUUUGGCACCCUCUUGUGUGCCCGUGUGCAUGCAUGCAAGUGUGUGAAUGUGCACGGCUGCACACGCUUGUGACUGUGUCAGGAAUGAGUAUGCAGUAGUAGAGCAAGAGUAUUGUGUAACCCACCGUACGUUAGUCUCUGUAGCCUGCAGACUCUUGACCCAGGUUUGAUUUCCUGCCUGUCCUUGUUGGGCCUCAGGCUCUGAUCGAGUGGGUCUUCGCUGGGCUACAGAGGACACACACAGCCUGCCAGAACAGGAGCUCCUUGGGUGCGUCCCAAAUGGCACCUUAUCGCCUGUAUACUGCACUACUUCUGACCAGAGCCCUAUGGACCCUGGUCAAAAGUAGUGCACUACAUAGGUUCAUUAGGGAAACAGAUUUUGCCUCUCUCCUCUGGGUUUGAUCAAAUCACUCUGCCACGGACUACAUUGAAGUCAGAGUAUGGGUGUUAAGAGCAAUUUGAAUAGCAGUAUCCCCAUAGGGCAUUUUCACAUAUGGAUUUGGUACUGUGGUGAGGUUCCCUGGAGCGUUCUGUCACAAGACAUGGAAAUAACCGUUUCAGGGUGUGAUUUGACAACACGCUCCAAGAACCGGAUCAUACAGAGAUAUGUGUGUAAGAGUCAGACAAGUGCCCUUAUUCCCCGGCUGUUACUUUGUAUAGUGCUUUUGGCCGUGCAUAGUUAUCAGAAUUGAAUACAGGGGUGUGUGUGCACAGUGGGCAAUAUCUUUGUAAACAAAGCUGCCUGUGACUACUGCGCAAACAUUGUUAAGCCAGGGUUGAUUGAAUACCAUACCAUCGCACACACAAACCGAAUAGGACUGAUAAGUCAGUGCUGUGAGGGACUAGGAGACUAGUAGAGUGCUCCAGAGCAUCUUGCUGUGUCACAAAUGGCACCCUAUUUCCUUUUAUAGUGCACUACUUUUAACCAGAUCCCAUAGGUAGUGUACUUUAAAGGGAAUAGGGUCAGGGUGCCAUUUGGGACACAGCCUGUCUGUCUAGCUUCUUUUAAUCUGGGCUUUAGGAAGGCAGCCAGUCCUUUUAUGCCCUUAUUCUCACCACUUAAACACUGUCUGGCAGAGGACCGGAUUGGUAUGGUUUGGCAGCACCGUGCUCAGGGGUGAAGCCUUGUUCCCGCUCGUCAGCGAGAUCGCGCACCAGUUAAACCCCCAGCGGCGGCAACCGCUGGAACCCUGCCCCUAUUUCACUGCUUCACCAUGGAGAAGGGUAGUCGGCACAGUGCCUGCUCCAGCUGAGGGAUGUUUGGAGAGGGUGUGUGUUUGGGGGGUCUAGGGGUUCUCUCCUGCCGGCGCAUCCCAUAGGAGAUUGUUUACAGCUGGGGCCGUACAAACAGAACCAGCGUCAGCAAUAGGGCUGUCCCCGACCAAAAAACUACUAUCUUGGUCGACGAGUCUCGUCAGUUCUUUCGACCAAACAUAUUUUUUUUAUAUAUAUACAGUGGGGAGAACAAGUAUUUGAUACACUGACGAUUUUGCAGGUUUUCCUACUUACAAAGCAUGUAGAGGUCUGUAAUUUGUAUCAUAGGUACACUUCAACUGUGAGAGACAGAAUCUAAAACAAAAAUCCAGAAAAUCACAUUGUAUGAUUUUAAAGUAAUUAAUUUGCAUUUUAUUGCAUGACAUAAGUAUUUGAUCACCUACCAACCAGUAAGAAUUCCGGCUCUCACAGACCUGUUAGUUUUUCUUUAAGAAGCCCUCCUGUUCUCCACUCAUUACCUGUAUUAACUGCACCUGUUUGAACUCGUUACCUGUAUAAAAGACACCUGUCCACACACUCAAUCAAACAGACUACCAACCUCUCCACAAUGGCCAAGACCAGAGAGCUGUGUAAGGACAUCAGGGAUGAAAUUGUAGACCUGCACAAGGCUGGGGUGGGCUACAGGACAAUAGGCAAGCAGCUUGGUAAGAAGGCAACAACUGUUGGUGCAAUUUUUAGAAAAUGGAAGAAGUUCAAGAUGACGGUCAAUCACCCUCGGUCUGGGGCUCCAUGCAAGAUCUCACCUCGUGGGGCAUCAAUGAUCAUGAGGAAGGUGAGGGAUCAGCCCAGAACUACACGGCAGGACCUGGUCAAUGACCUGAAGAGAGCUGGGACCACAGUCUCAAAGAAAACCAUUAGUGUAACACUACGCCGUCAUGGAUUAAAAUCCUGCAGCGCACGCAAGGUCCCCCUGCUCAAGCCAGCGCAUGUCCAGGCCCGUCUGAAGUUUGCCAAUGACCAUCUGGAUGAUCCAGAGGAGGAAUGGGAGAAGGUCAUGUGGUCUGAUGAGACAAAAAUAUAGCUUUUUGGUCUAAACUCCACUCAGUGUUUGGAGGAAGAAGAAGGAUGAGUACAACCCCAAGAACACCAUCCCAACCGUAAAGCAUGGAGGUGGAAACAUCAUUCUUUGGGGAUGCUUUUCUGCAAAGGGGAUAGGACGACUGCACCGUAUUGAGGGGAGGAUGGAUGGGGCCAUGUAUCGCGAGAUCUUGGCCAACAACCUCCUUCCCUCAGUAAGAGCAUUGAAGAUGGGUUGUGGCUGGGUCUUCCAGCAUGACAACGACCCUAAACACACAGCCAGGGAGUGGCUCCGUAAGAAGCAUCUCAAGAUCCUGGAGUGGCCUAGUCAGUCUCUAGACCUGAACCCAAUAGAACAUCUUUGGAGGGAGCUAAAAGUCCGUAUUGCCCAGUGAUAGCCCCGAAACCUGAAGGAUCUGGAGAAGAUCUGUAUGGAGGAGUGGGACAAAACCCUGCUGCAGUGUGUGCAAACCUGGUCAAGACCUACACACAAAGGUUUCUGUACCAAAUAUUAAGUUCUGCUUUUCUGAUGUAUCAAAUACUUAUGUCAUGCAAUAAAAUGCAAAUUAAUUACUUAAAAAUCAUACAAUGUGAUUUUCUGGUCUCUCACAGUUGAAGUGUACCUAUGAUAAAAAUUACAGACCUCUACAUGCUUUGUAAGUAGGAAAACCUGCAAAAUCGGCAGUGUAUCAAAUACUUGUUCUCCCCACUGUAUAUAUAUGUAUGUAUAUAUACAGUGGGGAGAACAAGUAUUUGAUACACUGCCGAUUUUGCAGGUUUUCCUUGUUAAAAAGCAUGUAGAGGUCUGUAAUUUUUAUCAUAUGUACACUUCAACUGUGAGAGAUGGAAUCUAAAACAAAAAUCCAUAAAAUCACAUUAAGAUUUUUAAGUAAUUAAUUUGCAUUUUAUUGCAUGACGUAAGUAUUUGAUACAUCAGAAAAGCAGAACUUAAUAUUUGGUACAGAAACCUUUCUUUGCAAUUACAGAGAUCAUACGUUUCCUGUAGGUCUUGACCAGGUUUGCACACACUGCAGCAGGGAUUUUGGCCCACUCCUCCAUACAGACCUUCUCCAGAUCCUUCAGGUUUCGGGGCUGUCGCUGGGCAAUAUGGACUUUCAGCUCCCUCCAAAGAUUUUCUAUUGGGUUCAGGUCUGGAGACUGGCUAGGCCACUCCAGGACCUUGAGAUGCUUCUUAUGGAGCCACUCCUUAGUUGCCCUGGCUGUGUGUUUCGGGUCGUUGUCAUGCUGGAAGACCCAGCCACGACCCAUCUUCAAUGCUCUUACUGAGGGAAGGAGGUUGUUGGCCAAGAUCUCGCGAUACAUGGCCCCAUCCAUCCUCCCCUCAAUACGGUGCAGUCGUCCUGUCCCCUUUGCAGAAAAGCAUCCCCAAAGAAUGAUGUUUCCACCUUCAUGCUUCACGGUUGGGAUGGUGUUCUUGGGGUUGUACUCAUCCUUCUUCUUCCUCCAAACACGGUGAGUGGAGUUUAGACCAAAAAGCUCUAUUUGUCUCAUCAGACCACAUGACCUCCUCCCAUUCCUCCUCUGGAUCAUCCAGAUGGUCAUUGGAAAACUUCAGACGGGCCUGGACAUGCGCUGGCUUGAGCAGGGGGACCUUGCGUGCGCUGCAGGAUUUUAAUCCAUGACGGCGUUAGUGUGUUACUAAUGGUUUUCUUUGAGACUGUGGUCCAGCUCUCUUCAGGUCAUUGACCAGGUCCUGCCGUUGUAGUUCUGGGUGAUCCCUCACCUUCCUCAUGAUCAUUGAUGCCCCACGAGGUGAGAUCUUGCAUGGAGCCCCAGACCGAAGGUGAUUGACCGUCAUCUUGAACUUCUUCAAUUUUCUAAAAUUGCGCCAACAGUGGUCAGCAAGCUGCAUGACAUAAGUAUGAUCACCUACCAACCAGUAAGAUUCGGCUCUCACAGACCUGUUAGUUUUUCUUUAAGAAGCCCUCCUGUUCUCCACUCAUUAGCCUGUAUAACUGCACCUUUGAACUCAUUACCUGUAUAAAAGACACCUGUCCACACACUCAAUCAAACAGACUCCAACCUCUCCACAAUGGCCAAGACCAGAGAGCUGUGUAAGGACAUCAGGGAUAAAAUUGUAGACCUGCACAAGGCUGGGAUGGGCUACAGGACUAUAGGCAAGCAGCUUGGUGAGAAGGCAACAACUGUUGGCGCAAUUAUUAGAAAAUGGAAGAAGUUCAAGAUGACGGUCAAUCACCCUCGGUCUGGGGCUCCAUGCAAGAUCUCACCUCGUGGGGCAUCAAUGAUCAUGAGGAAGGUGAGGGAUCAGCCCAGAACUACACGGCAGGACCUGGUCAAUGACCUGAAGAGAGCUGGGACCACAGUCUCAAAGAAAACCAUUAGUAACACACUACGCCGUCAUGGAUUAAAAUCCUGCAGCGCACGCAAGGUCCCCCUGCUCAAGCCAGCGCAUGUCCAGGCCCAUCUGAAGUUUGCCAAUGACCAUCUGGAUGAUCCAGAGGAGGAAUGGGAGAUGGUCAUGUGGUCUGAUGAGACAAAAAUAGAGCUUUUUGGUCUAAACUCCACUCGCCGUGUUUGGAGGAAGAAGGAGGAUGAGUACAACCCCAAGAACACCAUCCCAACCGUGAAGCAUGGAGAUGGAAACAUCAUUCUUUGCGGAUGCUUUUCUGCAAAGGGGACAGGACGACUGCACCGUAUUGAGGGGAGGAUGGAUGGGGCCAUGUAUCACGAGAUCUUGGCCAACAACCUCCUUCCCUCAGUAAGAGCAUUGAAGAUGGGUCGUGGCUGGGUCUUCCAGCAUGACAACGACCCGAAACACACAGCCAGGGCAACUAAGGAGUGGCUCCGUAAGAAGCAUCUCAAGGUCCUGGAGUGGCCUAGCCAGUCUCCAGACCUGAACCCAAUAGAAAAUCUUUGGAGGGAGCUGAAAGUCCGUAUUGCCCAGCGACAGCCCCGAAACCUGAAGGAUCUGGAGAAGGUCUAUAUGGAGGAGUGGGCCAAAAUCCCUGCUGCAGUGUGUGCAAACCUGGUCAAGACCUACAGGAAACGUAUGAUCUCUGUAAUUGCAAACAAAGGUUUCUGUACCAAAUAUUAAGUUCUGCUUUUCUGAUGUAUCAAAUACUUAUGUCAUGCAAUAAAAUGCAAAUUAAUCUAUAUAUAUCCUGUGUUUUUUAAUCAAAUCAACUAUAUGCACUGAGCUUGUCUGAUGCUUUAAGUGCACUGUUUGAUGAAAUAACACACAGAUGACUAGAGUGAGUCAGACCGCAAUUGAUUUGUGCCGGGCCGGGCUCCAAAAAAAAUAAUGACCGCGAGUAACUGUGACCCGUUGUCUCUCUCGCCUCCCUGCUGCAGCGAGCACAACAAAACAUCAACAGUGUUUAUCGCGCUGUCAGUGUUGCUGAAGCCUUUAUUACAUCAAAGACUAAAAGCAGUUGCAUGCAUUUGUGAAUGCAAUUGCCGACAUGGAACGGUUUAUUUAUUGUUUAUGCUAAUUAUUCAAGGGCCACUUUAUUUUAAACCCAAUGCUUGAUUGCAUUUCAAAUCAUGAAUGACUUUUGUAUGCUGUGUGAUGACAUGAACAAAUUAUUGUUUGAUACAGUAGGCUUUAAGGAUAAAAGAAUAGCCUAAGUUUCGGUAUUAAGUCUAAACAGGAUGCGCUCUUAGGCCUACAGCUCAAUGGUGGUUAUACAAGGCUGCUAUACAAAGCCUACUAAUGAUAAUGACAUUACUUAUUAUUAUAAUGAUCAUAUUAAUAAUGGUAAUAAAAUAAGGAGAUCAAGAAAAAGGGUUAUUAUUAUGAUUAAUAUUAUUUUACUGACAAUUUGGAACAGUGUAAACACUAAAUAAGUAAUACCAGAGGCUGUUCUAACGGAAAAAUAAAGUGUAAAGUCUUUAUUACAGCAUAGCAAAGAUUUAAAAGCAGCCGAAUGUGUAAAAUUGUUUAUCAGACGUUGUGGUUGCUUGAGGCUUGGUGUUCACGGAAUCAGUAGGCUAUUAAACAAACACACAAGCAGGAUCUGUCUUAUUUCUGUAGAUCUAUAUGGAUGAUUUAUAAAGCCAAGCACAUUUAACAGUUAGGCUGUUGAUUUAUAGACCUAAUUAAGUUGGUUUCCCCUCUCCUCACUAUUCUCAGACAAUUGAGGCAAGGGCUGUUUUCUCAUCUCCUAACUCCACUGCUGCCUCCGCCGCUUUAUUCUCAACACCAAUAUGCUGGGUAACAUUGCUAUUAUGCACAUAGCAACAUGGUCUAGGAAAAAAGGCGCCAAUUCAACAGCGCACUGUUUCAGAACCACGGACAGUGGCCAUUAUCCAACGAGGGUGAAAGCACAUUUGUUAUAAAAUAUUUUUUGGUGUUGCACUGUUGUUCUUAUGUAAUAUAACUAUAUACAAUUUCAGUAGCACAUGUCUUAGUGAUGGACUGUGCCAUCCUCACUGCCUCCACAAUGGAUUAGUCCACUCAGACAGGUGUCUUGUACGCCAUUAAUGUAUAAUUUUUUUUUGCUAUAUGCUCGACUAAAGAAAUCUCGGUCGACCAACAGCCUAUCGACCAGUCGACUAAAUGGGGUCAGCCCUAGUCCGCAAAGCACCAAGCUUUUGUGGAAUUGCAGUUGCACACAAGGUUCAUAACUGAACAGGAACAUGAGUACUACACAUAAAAACAGACAUUGUUUGGUCAUUGAGCAUUGUGAUUUGACUUUGCUCCAUUUGUCCAGCCAGUGAUCGCUUUUGGAGUCCUCUCCCCGAUUCUUGACUUCCUGUAUUGACAGGGAAAAACCUUGCACUAUCAAAUAAACAAGGCCCGGUAGUCACUGCUGAGAAAUGUCUGAAACUAUAGAUAAGAUGCAUAUUUUAUCUAUUGGACCUAGGCUUUAGCUCAGUGGGAUAAGUCUUGAGAACCAUGUUCGAAACCUUGUCUGUCAAAUCUGUAUUGGGCAGUGUUUUAGCCAUGGGUGGUGAAUGAUGGAGUGAAUGAUAGAUUUGAUUGAUUCAUACUUUAUUGAUAUGUGUUUCAGAUGAACUUGCUGCUGAAGGAGUACUUGGUAUCGGGAGAGGUGAAGGAGGCAGAACGCUGUCUGCGGGACCUAGAAGUACCUCACUUCCACCACGAGCUUGUCUAUGAGGUAAACACUACUAAAAGCGCUUUGGGUCCUGUUUAGAAGGGCACACUGUAUCAAAAGUAUUUUGCAACAGAAAGCGAAAAUGUUAUUGGACAACUACAUGGAGGAUCUUCCUUUUUAAUUAUUUUUAGAAAAUAUAUAUACUGAACAUGGCCUUUGCUGUCAGCACAAGGAUAUUUACAUUUACAUUUACGUCAUUUAGCAGACGCUCUUAUCCAGAGCGACUUACAUUAUUUAUUGAUAGCGGAUCAGUGAUGGCUCUACUGUACUUUCAAUAGUUAUGUAGCUAGUUGUCUAUGCGUGCAAUGUUGAAUAUGAUGUGUGGUGUAAUCUUACUUCCCUUUUCAGUAUUUAUAAGACUAUAGGUUUAUGACAUAUGUUAUCUUAAAAAUGCAUCUAUGUUCCAUGAUGCUGUAAAGAAAGUUUGAUUUAUUGUUUUUUGUCUGACAUAUGUUAUCUUGCAAACCAUUACCUAACAUUAUUCCACCAGCAACAGUAUCCUAGAUACCAAUUAAAUGCUAAUGUAAUCAGUUACUCAAAAAUAAAAUAAUGCCAAAUCCAUGCACCAUGGUGAGAAUUAAAGUAAUGCUGCCCCAAUGUGGUUAAAUAGGGGAUUGAAACCUUUCUGAAAACAUUUUACUAGUUUGAAAAGAACAAGUUGACCAGCGCCUUUUAGUGUCAAAUAAUUAUUCAGUCUCAUCUUGGUCAAGCUGACAUUCCACAUAACGGAGAAUUUAAGGCACUGUGUGCAUGACAUAACCGGUGUCCCAAAUGGCACCCUAUUCCCUUUAUAGUGCGCUGGGCAAAGGUAGUGCACUAUAUAGGGAAUAGGGUGCUAUUUGGGACACAGUCAAUUUUACAAUCAUUUUGUACAUACAUAGACAUUAGCAUAAAGUCUAAUGCAUUUUCUUCUCCUUUUCUCCUGGCUGGUCACCAGGCUGUUGUCAUGGUGCUGGAGUCUAAGGGGGACACGGCCAUCAAGAUGAUGUGUAAGCUCCUCCAGGCCUUCUGGAAGAUUGGCCUCAUCACAGUGGACCAGAUGAACCGGGUACGUCCCUGUACGCACCAGAAAGUAGCACCAAAUUCACUGGUAGCACUAGCACAAAAAAAAGCACUUCAACUUCUAAAAACUAUUUCCAGUGAUAUGACUGCAGGUUUUCAUUUUUCAGCACUACAAUUAAGAUGGCAUGAAUCUAAAAUGUUAAACUAGUAGUAAUUGUCAACGUCAGACCUUGUGGAUUCAAACCCAUCUGUAGACAUCCGUAGCUACUCAGUCAAGGCAUAUUUACUGUUGCUGAUAUAGCUACAGUAUUCUGCCAUAUUCUCUCUAGCUACAGUGUAUAUGUUGUUAUAUUCUCUCUAGUCACUGUCAAUGCAUAUUCAUUUGUUACCUGACAAGCUCUGAAGUGACUGAAUUGAUUCAUCUUCUCUUAUAUUGUCCUAUGAUGGAAAGUAUUCUUUGACUGUAUGAUUUACUUACUCAUCAAGUAUUGUUGUAACAUCCAGGGCUUCCAGCGUGUGUACGACGAGCUGCCAGAGAUUAACCUGGAUGUACCCCAUGCCCACUCAAUCAUGGAGUCCUUUACGGACCUCUGCUACCAGGAGUCUGUUAUCACCAAACAGUUGAGAGACUCCUGUCCCUCCAGGUCAGUCCCAGUGUUGAGUGGUGCAAACUCUUUCAUUUUGUCUAUUGGGUAUAGUCAGUCCCUCCAGGAUUCUGCGAUCACAUUUAUUUUAGCAAAAUCAAGAAUUGCCUGCAAAUUAUGCGAGGGCUUGCAAAUUUGACCAAUCACUGCACUAUUUCUGCAUAAAACUAAAAACAUUGUGACUCAUCACCGCACUACAAAAAGAGGGCUCACGAUUUCAACCAAUCACCGCACAUUUACUGCAUAAUAUGAUUUAAAUCAAGCCACAUGUCAACAAACCUUUUCCCACUUCAGCGCAUUUUCGCAACAAAUUGGACAAAAUCAUUGCAUAUUGUCAUGCAAAAGGUCAGAAUUGCUGCAUCAAAAUUAAGCAUUUUUGCCUGCAAAUAUCACUAAAAUCUCUGCCAAAUCCUGGAGGGGCUGUAUAGUCAAGUAAUGAUAUUUUUGAUAAUACUAGACUAAUCGGAGUAUGCAUACUUAAUGACCUUACUUCGAUUAAGAUAAGUGUUUACAUUAAUAAUGCCAUAGUCUGAGUAAUAUCAAGUUAGUGUACAUGUAAACCCACUCAAUUAGUAUAUUAAUGACUUUAUGUAAAGCUUAACUAGGCCCCAAGUGUUUUAUAUUGUAAGGCUGAGGACUCCUCUCCUCUAAACUCAUUGGUAGCCUAUAAAGUAUUGAAUCGCCUGUUCUGUCUGUGUCCACCAGGGGGCGGAAGCGGUUUGUGAGUGAGGGAGACGGGGGCUUGAUCAAGAUCUAGUGCGGAGGAGGGGGGGUGCUCGGCGGCCCCUCGAGCCGCAGGUCUGAGGCUGGGCAGGCUCGCGGUCAGACUCCCCUGCUUUAUCUCCGCCCCUUUCACCCCCCACUCACUCACCCACAGCCACACACUGAUGCUGACAUCAGGUGAAGGAGGACUGAAGAGACAGGCCCGGGCAAUCUUUUUUUUGUUUGUUUUUUUAACUAGUUUUUUCCCCUGUAAUUUUUGUAAGAACGUUUUAAAAAAAAUCUGGGGUUGGUGAUCAUUCUUUUCAGUCUUGUCUGAGUCGAGGCCCUGGAGAAAGGGGGGUCAAAUGGAGUCACUUAAGAUGGGGUUAAGGGUCAACGGGAAGUGGAAAGGGGAUUAUGUAUUGUCUUGUGCUGGGCACGGGUUAUUUUGGCUUAACAAUUUUGCUACACCGGUGACUGUUUUUCUCUAAUUUUAUUUUUGCUUUGCAUGUAUAACGCUCAUUAACAAAAAAUACAAAACACUUGUCAAAAAAAGAACUUGUCAUCAGCAUACUGCAUCGCAAGCUCUUAUGAACCGAAUCGCUCUUUGGAAUGACAUUUUUGGCCAAAGCUUUCUGUAAUUACACAAAGACAAAGUUAUAUGGUUCUUUAUUUUUCUUUUUGUUGGUGAUUUUGCUGUAUCAGUUGGAUUAUCUGUCCACUCCACAGGCAGGGGUGCUACUGUUCCUAGGCAGGGUUGUUAAACUGUAAUAAGCACAGCAGCAGUCACUCACAAAAGCCUGUCAGCUUUAUAACUAGAGCCCAGAUCAGGGCCUUCCUUCUUCCCCUUAGUGGAAGGCCUCUCCCUUCUAGUACACUGUAAUUGAGUGUCAGAAUGAGGGGCGGGGGGGAGAGCGUCUCUAAAUAUACAGUGCAAAUACUCAGGAUCUCUAGAACCCCUCUUCCAUUCGCUGAGCUGUUGACAGACAAACUGGAACACCCUGCAGGCUUUUGUUGUGUUCGUAUUGUGAUGUUUCAUUUACGAACUCCCACUGUUACAUGUCAUCCAGUGGAACCUGUAGAAUCUGGACAUCAAAUAUUUUUAAUUGUGCUUGAUUAGACUUGUCUGGCGCAAUGGAACCAAUUAAUUAGUCUCCCUGCCUUUCAGGCACUCCAGGCAGGCUACAUCAAAUGCUCAAUAAGUAUUUGAAAGAAAAAUACAUUUGAACCCAGGUCUGGCCCUCGGAGAGUGCGAAGGAAACAGAAGUCUUAUCGCUGAUCUAGGGUCUCGUAUGAGAAUGCAAUGUAUUUUUCCUGCCUUUGUUGACCAAUAUGUAAAGUAAUAAGCUCCGAAUUGUAACGUGAGGGUUCUGGAUGGGGAAAACAAUACAGCUUUUCAUUGAUUAAAAAAAUCGUUACAAAACUA